AACGCAACACGAACGAAUCCACCGUGUCUAACACGAACGAGUCCACCGUGUCUAACACGAACGAGCCCACCGCGUCUAACACAACACGAACGAGUCCACCGCGUCUAACACAACACGAACGAGCCCACCGCGUCUAACACGAACGAGCCCACCGCGUCUAACACGAACGAGCCCACCGCGUCUAACACGAACGAGCCCACCGCGUCUAACACGAACGAACCCUCCGCGUCCAACGCGAACGAGCCCACCGUGUCUAACACGAACGAGUCCACAGAUAGCAGUAUGCCGCCACGCCUCGCCCUCCUCUCCCACCACCCCCAGCCAUGGAUCUGCUUUCUUCUCCAUCUCCUAUAGAUUUACCUAUUCUGGAUAUUUCAUGGCUGUGUCUGGGGCGUGUGCCAGCGCAGAGUGGACCGCUCCCCAAGCCCUCCCUCCAGGCUCUGCCCAGCUCCCUGGUGCCGCUGGAGAAGCCAGUGACCCUCCGGUGCCAGGGACCUCCGGGCGUGGACCUGUACCGCCUGGAGAAGCUGAGUUCCAGCAGGUACCAGGAUCAGGCAGUCCUCUUCAUCCCGGCCAUGAAGAGAAGUCUGGCUGGACGCUACCGCUGCUCCUACCAGAACGGAAGCCUCUGGUCCCUGCCCAGCGACCAGCUGGAGCUCAUUGCCACCGUCAUCCCCAUUUUAACAGAACAAGGCAGCGAGGCUCAGAUACGGAGGGAGAUUUGUCUCCAGGGCCACCAGGCCCCUACAGGCAGAACUAGGAUUUGCACCCAAGCACUAGGACGAGUUUUUGCCAAACCCUCGCUCUCAGCCCAGCCCAGCCCGGCGGUGUCCUCAGGAGGGGACGUAACCCUACAGUGUCAGACUCGGUAUGGCUUUGACCAAUUUGCUCUGUACAAGGAAGGGGACCCUGCGCCCUACAAGAAUCCCGAGAGAUGGUACCGGGCUAGUUUCCCCAUCAUCACGGUGACCGCCGCCCACAGCGGAACCUACCGAUGCUACAGCUUCUCCAGCAGGGACCCAUACCUGUGGUCGGCCCCCAGCGACCCCCUGGAGCUUGUGGUCACAGAAUUCUCAGAAGCCACCGCUGAACUGACCAUCUUAUUCACAAACAAAGUCUUCACAACUGAGACUUCUAGGAGUAUCACCGCCAGUCCAAAGGAGUCAGACUCUCCAGCUGGUCCUGCCCGCCAGUACUACACCAAGGGCAACCUGGUCCGGAUAUGCCUCGGGGCUGUGAUCCUAAUACUCCUGGCGGGGUUUCUGGCAGAGGACUGGCACAGCCGGAGGAAGCGCCUGCGGCACAGGGGCAGGGCUGUGCAGAGGCCGCUUCCGCCCCUCCCGCCCCUCCCGCAGACCCGGAAAUCACACGGGGGUCAGGAUGGAGGCCGACCGGAUGUUCACAGCCGCGGGUUAUGUUCAUGACCACUGCACCCCAGGCACGGUCGUAUCCAAGGGACGGAUCAUGGCAUGGGAGGCGACUCAAAGACUGUGGCGUGUGUGGAACAUGGAAGCAGGAGGGCAGAGGCUACAGCUGUGGAAACGAGGCCAGGCUGCCUCCUCCUGGUGUUCCAUCAGGGAGCCGUUCAGCCAGUGUCUGUCUGUCUGUCUGCCUCUCUGUCUGAGGGCACCCUCCAUUUGGGAUGGAAGGAAUCUGUGGAGACCCCAUCCUCCUCCCUGCACACUGUGGAUGACAUGGUACCCUGGCUGGACCACAUACUGGCCUCUUUCUUCAACCUCUCUAAUAUGGGCUCCAGACGGAUCUCUAAGGUUCCCAGCUCUCAGGGUUGACUCUGUUCCAUCCUCUGUGCAAAAUCCUCCCGUGCUUCCCUUUGGCCCUCUGUGCUCUUGUCUGGUUUUCCCCAGAAACUCUCACCCUCACUCCAUCUUCCACUGCGGUCUAACAAAUCUCCUUUCGUCUCUCAGAACGGGCCUUGCAGGCAGUUUGGGUGUGUCAUUCAUUUUCCUUAGUGUAAAACUAGCACGUUGCCCGCUUCCCUUCACAUUAGAAAACAAGAUCAGCCUGUGCAACAUGGUGAAACCCCAUCUCUACCAACAAAACAAAAAAAACAAAAAUUAGCCAGGUGUGGUGGUGCAUCCCUAUACUCCCAGCAACUCAGGGGGCUGAGGUGGGAGAAUGGCUUGAGCCUGGGAGGCAGAGGUUGCAGUGAGCUGAGAUCACACCACUGCGCUCUAGCUCGGGUGACAAAGCCUGACCUUGUCUCAAAAAAUAAAGGGAUGAAUAUGUUAAUUACCCUGAUUUGAUCAUAACACAUUGUAUACAUGUAUUGAAAUAUUGCUGUCUACCCCAUAAAUAUGUACAAUUAUGUAUAAAUUUUUAAAAUAAUAAAAAUAAGAUAA